CGAAGAGAAACGUGGACGACGAGAGAGAGCAGACGGUGCCAGUCGGCAACAUGGCGAAGAUAGUGAGAAGAACGGCUCCGGCCAUUCUAAUAGCGUGUUACAUGACGUUGUUUGUUGUGUGGCAAGGCCAAAAGGCAUGGGUGGACGUCAACCAGACGGAAAAACGUUCGGCUCAACGUCUUCCCAGAUCGGUGGCAGACGACAACGAAUCGAUACUCAAAGAAUCCGAAAACGUAACUGGUGGCACAUCGCUCGACGAUAUUUUCAUAAGUGUUAAAACUACCAAAAAUUUCCACCAGUCCAGGUUGGAUGUCAUCUUGAGAACGUGGUUCGUCCUGGCCAGAGAUCAGACGUACUUCUUCACCGAUGCCGACGACCCGUUCUAUCAAAUGAAAACGGGAGGACGUCUCAUUAACACCAAUUGUUCUUCCUCACACAAUAGGAAGGCUCUUUGUUGUAAGAUGUCCGUGGAAUUCGAUACUUUCCUCGACAGCGAUAAAAAGUGGUUCUGUCAUUUUGAUGACGAUAAUUAUGUCAACGUACCACGUUUAGUGAAGCUAUUAAAAAAAUAUAAUCACCAAGAAGAUUGGUAUUUGGGGAAACCGAGUAUAAGAGCACCCCUAGAAAUUCUUAGUAGAGAAAAUUUCAAGAAAAAAGUAGCAUUUUGGUUUGCCACGGGAGGUGCCGGAUUUUGUUUAAGUAGAGCAUUGGCACUUAAAAUGAUGCCGUUAGCCAGCGGUGGGAAAUUCAUAAGCAUCGGUGAAAAAAUACGUCUUCCAGAUGAUGUUACUAUGGGAUAUAUUAUAGAACAUCUACUAAAUAAGAAGCUCACUGUUGUAGAACAGUUCCAUUCCCAUUUAGAACCUAUGAAAUUUCUAAAACCAGAAAACUAUAACGAUCAAAUAACCUUCAGUUAUUCUAGAUACGGUAGAGACAUGAACGUACUUUCUAUUGACGGUUUCGAUCCCAGAAUCGAUCCGACUAGGUUUCUCUCCCUUCAUUGUCAUCUCUUUCCGAAUUUCAACUUCUGUCCGAGGUGAAUGUUUAAUUGUACAAUUAAAGGAGAUAAAAUGUUAGUUGUGACGUCACGACGACGUCGAAAUUGAGUGAACGAAAUCAAAGAGAGAAUACUGUGACGUGGAAGAGGCAAGAAAAUUUCAAAAAAUACAAUCAAAUUUUUUUUUUUU